AUUCCACGAACAGAGGGAGCCCUUGCAGAGUUAAUCCUGCCGAUCCUAAGUCACACUUUAACUCAUUCUCUCUGGACCAAGGAUUAAAAGCUGCCGGCCUAAGGGUCAGGGCUCUCAAGACCCCAAAGUGAGGAGAAGCUGCAGGGGAAGGGAGGGACAGAACCAGACCACGGAGGAGGAGGGGCCCAGGCUGCAGCCCCGCAGAGCCUCUGCCUCUGCCACAGACACAGCUGCCUGCAGAGGACACAGGACAGGCGAGCCGUCCACAGCCCCAAGACAACGUACUCACCCGACCACCCAGCCCAGCCAGCCCCAUGGCCUUCAACGACCUCCUGAAGCAGGUGGGGGCCGUUGGCCGCUUCCAGCAGAUCCAAGUCGCCCUGGUGAUCCUGCCGCUGCUCCUGAUGGCCUCCCACAACACCCUGCAGAACUUCACAGCUGCCAUCCCUGCCCACCACUGCCGCCUGCCCCCCAAUGCCAGCCUUGGCCUGGAUGGGCAGCUGGGGACCCUGCUGCCCCAGGACUCACAGGGGCAGCCUGAAUCCUGCCUGCGCUUUGCCACCCCAUCGCAGGGAGCAGCCCUCACCAAUGACACCACAGCCAACCUCACGGAACCCACAGAGCCCUGCAUGGAUGGCUGGGUCUACGACGACAGCAUCUUCCCAUCCACCAUCGUGACAGAGUGGGACCUUGUGUGCUCACACCGGGCACUCCGCCAGCUGGCCCAGUCCCUCUACAUGGUCGGGGUUUUGCUGGGCGCCAUGUCCUUCGGGCACCUGGCAGACAGGCUGGGCCGCCGGAAGGUACUGAUCCUGAACUACCUGCAGACGGCUGUGUCGGGGACCUGUGCUGCCUACGCCCCCAACUUCUCCCUCUACUGCACCUUCCGGCUGCUCUCGGGCAUGUCCCUGGCUAGCAUCGCCAUCAACUCCAUGACGAUAAAUGUAGAGUGGAUGCCAAUUCACACUCGUGCCUGCGUGGGCACCCUGAUGGGCUACACCUACAGCCUGGGCCAGUUCCUGCUGGCUGGCCUGGCCUACGCUGUGCCACACUGGCGCCACCUGCAGCUCCUGGUCUCUGCGCCCUUCUAUGCCUUCUUCCUAUACUCCUGGUUCUUCGUGGAGUCUGCUCGCUGGCUGUCCUCCCGUGGGAGGCUGGAUCUCACACUGAGCACACUUCAGAGAGUGGCUCGAAUUAAUGGGAAGCAGGCAGAGGGAGCCAAGCUGAGCGUGGAGGUGCUCCGGACCAGUCUGCAGAAGGAACUGACCCUGGGCAAAGGCCAGGCCUCCGCCAUGGACCUGCUGCGCUGCCCUGCCCUCCGCCGCCUCUUCCUCUGCCUCUCCAUGCUGUGGUUUGCUACCAGCUUUGCCUACUAUGGACUGGUCAUGGACUUGCAGGGCUUCGGGGUCAGCAUCUACCUGAUCCAGGUGAUCUUCGGGGCCGUAGACCUGCCUGCCAAGCUUGUGUGCUUCCUGGUCAUCAAUUCCCUGGGCCGCCGGCCAGCGCAGUCAGCCUCCCUGCUACUGGCGGGCAUCUGCAUCCUGAUGAAUGCGGUGAUACCCCGGGACCAGACAGUUGUCCGUACCUCCCUUGCCGUGCUGGGAAAAGGGUGUUUGGCCUCUGCCUUCAACUGCAUCUUCCUGUAUACAGGGGAGCUGUACCCUACCAUCAUCCGGCAGACAGGCUUGGGCAUGGGCAGCACCUUGGCCCGGGUUGGGAGCAUCGUGAGCCCCCUGGUGAGCAUGACUGCCGAGCUCUACCCCACGGCACCUCUCUUCAUCUUCGGCGCUGUACCUGUGGCCGCCAGCGCUGCCACAGCCCUGUUGCCUGAGACACGGGGCCGGCCACUGCCCGACACUGUGCAGGACCUGGAGAGCAGGCGGGCAGGGAGCCUGAGGCAGCCACAGCAGGAGCAGCAGAAGCAGAUGGUACCACUCCAGGGCACCGCACAGGAGAAAAACAGUCUUUGAAGACCCUGGGCCCAGGCCUCGUACUGGAAGGGCAAUGCACACAGGGUUUUUGGCCCGGGAAUGCUGCCCAAGACUGCACCAUCACAGGCUGGUGUGCGUGUCUUGAGUGGAAUCAGCCCUCCAAGGCCACCAACUUCAGCUGUGAGUCACAGAGUGUGGCCCCCUCUUCUACCCCUCCCUGCUUUACCCUCCUAUCCCCAACAGUUCACCCAACACUCUGCAAAACUCUCUCUUGGCUGGAGUGGUGUGUAUGCCUGCAGCCCCAGUGCUCCGGGAGGCUGAGGCAGGAGGACUGCAGGUUCCAAGCCCAACCUCUGCAACUUAGAAAGAACUUGUCUCAAAAUAAAAAAUAAAAGGGAACUCA